CGGAUCACGUGGCUUUACGCUUUCCUCGCCGAUCAGCAGGUGGCGCCAAAUCCAACCCAGUGACGUCAGUGACUCAGGCCUCGGUGUGUUUUCACCUGAAUGCAGGAAUCAUCAUGCAACACCAGGAGCAUCACUUCAUGUUCAUGGACUUCUGUGAAGACACACACUGUCUGCUGGAGGACGAUAGUCCCACAGAGAUGAUGAUGAUGAAGAAGGAACAGAAGGACGCAGAGCUGGAUAAAAAGAUCGAGGCCUUACGGAAGAAAAACGAAGCACUUAUGAAACGCUACCAGGAAGUGGAGGAGGAUAAGAAGCGUGCGGAACAGGAAGGAAUGUCACUCCGCAGCAGGAAGGGAAAGACGGAUGAUCUGACCAUCAGCAUCAACAAAUCCUCCAACGAUCAGCGUGUGGUGACCGAGCGCUCGGGACCCGGAGGACUGAGAGACCGAGAGAAGGAGAAGAGUCCGGGAUCCAGCGUCUUCAGCGUCGGGAGAGGAAAGAGACGACAGCUGCUCGUCACAGCAUCAGGAAACAUCACAGAGAAGAGGGUGUUCGGUGAAAGAAAGGACAGGAACCGUCCCGUGAGUCCAGCGAGAAUGAAGUCCUGUGCUGAGGAAGAGCUGAAGUCCAACAACACACGAGGAAGACAGAGAGUCCCGCAGGAUGACGCAGAUCGAUGGAGUCGAUGUGAGGACUCGUCUGUGGUCCCGGUCACACAGGCCGUGGCUGACCUGAACCUGGUCUCAUCCCAAGAAGAGCAGCUGGAGUAUCUGCGGUGGAAGAAGGAGCGCGAGGAGAUCGACCGCGAGCGUGUGGCUCGACACAAGACCGCUGAAGGCCAGUGGAGGAGAGCCUGGGACGUGGAGAAGACCCAUCUGAUGUUCUCCGAAGAGGAACCCGGAGGAACAUCAGACAGAGGAGGUCGAAACGCCAGAAGAGGAAAUAUGAGAGAAGAAGCGUCCACAGGUGGACAGCAGGCGUCAGACAGGAAGAGGAAGUGUGUUCCAGUGGUGCGCAGUAAAGCCCAGGGGAAAGAGCGUCUGACGGGGCGAGCCAGGAGGUGGGAUGCUAAAGAGGAGGAGGAGCAUUUACAGGUGCAUCCAGAGAGCAGUUUGCAGGAGUUUUUAGAGGAACUCGACGCUCUUUGUGCUCCUGAGGUGGAGAACGUCCAUCCAGAGACUGACGAUGAAAACACAAAGCCACGUGCAUGCGAAGAAGUAAAGACCCCCGAUGGGACGGCAGAGCAGAACGAACACGUUUCUACAGAAUCCACUCUCAAGGGCAUUGAGAAAAGGGUCCGGUUUUCUGAAAACCAUGUGAAGAAUGGCACAGAAACGACUUCACAGGUCAAGAACGGCCGUGUAGAAGACGACAGACAAACACUGGCGCGAGACGACGGCGAACGUGUCCCGGAGGAGAUAAAACUGGAAGAACCGGACAAGAACCAACACAGCAAGAGCUGCUCAAACAGAGGGAACGAGGAGCUGAUGGACUCGAGUCUGUCUGUGCUGGAGCUGGAUGCUGGAUCUCUUCCCGUCCACGGCUCCAGCGCUGAUGUGGCCAGAGAGAACGGGAAAGUGGUUUAGAUGGGAAAUGAUGUCACUCACAUCUGGCUCAAACCAAAUCAAAGCGCAGCCCGACCCCAUCCCUUGCUUUAGUUUCUGUCUGAUUGUGUUUGUUUCAUCGGAUGCAGAACGCUGUAAACGCUGGCUGUGGUUGUCCUGCUUCGUUCAUCUUCUCGUAGGUGAAGAUUGUUAAUGCUUCAGCGCACACUAAACCCAAAGCUCGGAUGGAUUUCAGUCUGAACGCACUACAAACGACUUGAAAGUGGAACAAACCCAUAGACACAGAAUGUAUUUAGACGUCACCAGCGCGCUAACUGACUUCACCUAGUCUAGUCCUCCUCAUCAUAACUCAUAUAAGCCUCAUAUAAUAUUCUUCAUAAGCACAUGUGUCGUGGGGUUUGGUGUGGAUGGUUCAAGUAUGUUACUUAGCACUUUAUUUUGAAAGACUGAACUGAAAAGUAUUAAACCAGUUUAAAGAUGAAGGACUGUUAAGGUCUAAAUUGUUUAGUUUUACAAAAGACCGCAGGAUGUUUACGACAUAAACGUGUUUUAGUUCCAGGUUUAUUUGGUCCUGCUAGUUCAGCACUCGGUAGUUUAUUAUAAAUGGCAAUAAAUGAUGAUCGUGCUGAUGUUCAUCUUCAUAACGUUUCUGUAUUUCUGAUGAAGGUUUGAGCUUUUAAGUGACUAAUGGUUGAGUUUUAUAUCGUCACGUUAAGUAUCUCGUGUUCAUUUGGUUUUGAAAUGAAUGUUAAAUAUAAAAACUGUACUGUGAUGCUUGCACUGAUUUCACUGGACAGAAUAUUAAAAUGCACUCAAAUUAUACCCAA